AUGUACGACACUAGCAACGGGAGCUCAACCCAACCAACCGAGUAUACCUCCCUCCUCUCCAAGCCCAUCCACAAUGAACCCCUACCAUGGAACGAGUCCGAAAACGAAAGCCCGUUCUCACGAGCUCUCAUUCUUGCAGAAUUCUGGCUCUUGCUGAAAGACUCAACCCCCGUAAUCCUAGCCUACACUCUGCAAAACAGCCUUCAGACCGUAUCCGUGCUGAUAAUCGGUCGUUCAUCACCAGAGAAUCUCGCAGCGAGUGCAUUCUCGCAGAUGUUUGCCAUGGUGACGGCGUGGAUGAUUGCGCUGGGAGGUACAACGGCUAUGGAUACACUGGCCUCCUCUUCGUUCACGGGCAGCUCCAACAAACAUGAUUUGGGAAUUCUGCUGCAGCGCGGGUUCCUGGUCUUGGGUCUUUUCUAUAUACCCGUUGCUAUCUUAUGGGCUUUUUCGGAGCCGAUUUUUUUGUUCCUAGGUCAAGACCCGCGCCUUUCGCGUGACAGCGCAAGGUUCUUGACUUGUUUGAUCCCGGGGGGCUUGGGGUAUAUCUAUUUUGAGGUUAUGAAGAAGUAUUUACAAGCUCAAGGCAUCAUGCGAGCUGGAACUUACGUGCUGUUGAUUACAUCGCCAUUGAACGCCGCUCUCAAUUAUCUAUUCUGCUACACGUUCGAGAUCGGCCUCCUAGGCGCCCCUCUAGCAACAGGGCUCUGCUACUGGCUCUCUUUUGCCUUGUUAGUCCUCUAUGCCCGCUUCAUCGGCGGCUCAGAAUGCUGGGGCGGAUGGUCUCGCGAGGCGUUCCAAAACCUGCGCACAUUUGCACGGCUCGCUCUCCUGGGUUUUGUCCACGUUGGCACAGAAUGGUGGGCUUUCGAGAUCGUUGCAUUAGCAGCCGGUCGCUUGGGUAAUGUCUCUUUGGCUGCCCAGAGCGUCAUCAUGACUGCCGAUCAGGUUCUCAAUACGAUUCCAUUCGGCAUUGGGGUGGCGACAUCUGGCCGCGUUGGUAAUCUACUAGGAAAGAGAGAUGAUGCUGGUGCAGCGCGGGCGGCACAUACCUCCGCUAUACUGAGUGUGGUCUUUGGUGGUGUUGUGUUGGCUAUUCUUAUGGGAACGCGAGAUCACUUUGCAAAGAUCUUCAAUGAUGAUACUAGCGUUGUAAGUCUUACGGCUGAUGUUUUGCCGUAUGUGGCGCUUUUCCAAAUUGCCGAUGGGCUCAAUGGGAGUUGUGGGGGAAGUUUACGUGGUAUGGGACGACAGCAUGUGGGUGCUUUAGUUAAUUUGGUGAGUUAUUACUGUGGUGCGUUGCCGUUGGGGAUUUGGCUUGCAUUUCAUGGUUGGGAACUUAAGGGUCUGUGGGUUGGGCAAUGCAUUGCGUUGUAUUUGGUUGGAGCACUCGAGUGGAUUAUUGUCGCACGCAGUCAGUGGGACACUGAAGUGCGCAAGGCCUUCCAGCGCAUGGAUGUGCAUGAGAUUUUGGAGGAUGGAAUUGAGGGAGAGUAG